AUGAGUCUUGCCGAAUCUCCGGUACAUUCGUCUAGCAGUGAUGACUUUACUGGGUUUCUUGAGAGAGCACUGGGUUCUGGUUCUUCGCAUUCCUCACCAGAUGAAGAAGCUGAUUAUGAGAGCGAUGAUGGAAGUGAGAGGAGUACAAAAAGGCGCAAGGUAGAGAAUCUUGGAAGCAUAGACAAAACUCAUGGGUCCACUUCACAAGUAUUUGUAGAAGAAAACUCAGAAGCAUCCCCAAAGAAGGUUAUCUGCACUCAUCCCGGUUCAGUAAAAGAUUUGUGUAUAGUUUGUGGCCAGAGGGUGGAUGAGAAGUCUGGUGUUCCACUUGGGUACAUACACAAGGACUUCUGGCUUAAUAAUGAUGAAAUUGACCGGGUACGCAGCACAGACAUUAAGAAAUCGUUACACCUUAAGAAACUUUACUUGGUACUUGAUCUAGAUCACACGCUGCUAAAUUCCACCCAUCUGAAUCAUAUGACGGCAGAAGAAGAAUAUUUACACAGCCAAACAGAUUCUCUGCAGGAUGUUUCAAACGGUAGCCUUUUCAGAGUGGACGUUAUGCAUAUGAUGACCAAGUUGAGGCCCUUUGUUAGGAAAUUUUUAAAGGAGGCCAGCGAAAUGUUCGAGAUGUACAUAUACACAAUGGGUGAACGAGCCUAUGCACUGGAAAUGGCUAAACUGCUUGAUCCCAGGAAAGAGUACUUCGGUGAUAGAGUGAUAUCACGUGAUGAUGGCACCCAAAAACAUCAAAAGGGUCUAGAUGUUGUGCUUGGGCAUGAAAGUGCUGCUUUGAUCCUUGAUGAUACCGAAAAUGCAUGGACAAAGCACAAGGACAAUUUAAUAUUGAUGGAAAGAUAUCAUUUCUUUAGAUCAAGUUGUCACCAAUUUGGGUUCCAUUGCAAGUCUCUUUCAGAGUUGAAGAGUGAUGAAAGUGAGCCUGAAGGAGCUCUUGCAACUGUUCUUGAAGUUCUUAAGCAAAUCCACAAUAUGUUCUUUUAUGAAUCGAAGGACAAUCUUAUUGACAGAGAUGUGAGGCAGGUGUUGAAAACUCUUCGGAAGGAAAUCUUAAAGGGGUGUAAAAUUGUUUUCAGCCGUGUUUUUCCUUCAAAAUUCCAGGCCGAGAAUCAUCAGCUGUGGAAGAUGGCAGAGCAGUUGGGAGCCACUUGUUCAACAGAAUUGGACCCGUCGGUGACACAUGUGGUUUCAACAGACGCUGGAACAGAGAAGUCUCGUUGGGCAGUGAAAGAGAAGAAGUUUUUGGUCCAUCCACAGUGGAUUGAAGCUUCAAAUUAUAUGUGGUUAAAGCAAGCUGAAGACAAGUUCCCUGUCAAGCAAACGAAAACCUAA